AGGACAAACCGGGAGGGGGCGAGGGAGGCGCAAAAGCAAAGAAGGGCCGGAAGCACACGGGAAGCAGGCAGGGGCGAAGGAGCGGGAAAGAGAAGCAAGGCAAGGGCGAGAGAAACAAAAGGAGGGAAGAAAGCACACAAGAGAAAGAAAGAAGACCGAAGGGGCAGGCAAGGGCGCAAAACACGCACAGGGGGAGGGCGGACGGAAGAGAGCCACGACAGAGCAAACAAGAAAGGCGAACAAACGAAGCACAAGGGGCCAAACGAGGGAGGCAAGCAGGAGGAAAGGAAAGAAGGGGGGGCAAAAGAAGACGGAGGGGCAGAAAGACGAGGAAAAGAGGGGGAAAGGGGAAAAGGGGGACAGAAGCAAACAAAGAAGAAAACGAAAGCCCGCCCCACACGGAGGAGCAACAGGGGCCCCAAGGGGGAACAAAAAAAGCACAGAAAAAAAGGGGGAGGGAAGGAGAAGGGGAAGAAAAGAAAAAGAAGGGAACAAACACACCGGAGGGGCCGCCCAAGCAGCGCCGGGGGAGCGGCGGGGGCGCGACGGAGGAGAGGGCGGGAAAGGGCCAGCGGCGGGGAGGACCGGCGAGGAGGAGGAGGAGGCAAAGAAACAGGCCCGGCAGGCAGAGGAGGACGCAAAGAGGAGGGAGGAGGGGGGCGGGGGCAGGAGAAGCAAGGGCAGCAAAGGGAACAAAGGGCAAAGAAGCAACAAAAAGGGCAAAAGGAGCAGCACGAGGAGAGGGCAGGGGAGCAGAAAGAGGAAAAGGCACAAGGGGACCAGGAGACGCCAGAGGAAGCAGACCACGAGGAAGAGCAAGGGGGGGGGCAGGGGGAAGAAGGGCCGGCCGAAAAAAGAGGGAGGAGGGGCCAGAGCAAGCACAGAAAAAGCAGCAGGAAAAACCAAGGAGGAACGGCAACAAGCAAAGCCGCAACACCCCGAGGAGAGGGAGGAGAGCCAGCAGCCAAGGGAAGGAGGAGACGAGAGGGAGGCAGGGGGCCAAGAGGGAAAGAAGCAGAAACAGAAGAGGGCAGGACAGGAAGAGAAGCGCCGAAAGCGAACAGAGCAGGGGCAAAGGGCACCCACGGAGCAGGCAGGGAAGAGGAAACAGACCGGGGCGGGGCACGGGGCAGGAAGAGGGCGGGGACGAGCCAGAGAGACAGGCGCGGGCACGGGCACGGCCGCAAGGCGGGCAGGAGGCGGGGGGAGGGGGGACCGCGGGAGAAAAGGGGCAGAGCGAGGGACGGGGGCCAGAGAAGCGAAAAGGGGGGAGGAGCGCACAGGCACGAAAGGGCGCAGACAGAGCAGGAGGGGAGGGGCCGCGGAGGGGGGCGAAAAGAGCGGGAGGAAAGGGGGGGACGGGGCAGAAGCAGAAAAAGAAGAAAGCGGACCGGGGGACGGCGCGGGAGGGGGCAAGGAGGCCGGCACGGAGGGCCGGAG